AUGCCGAUGUUGACUCCCUCCAUGAUACGUCUAGUUAGGACAUGCUGCUUGCUGCUACUGAUUCGUACACCCCUUUGUCACAGCGCCAUUACUAGCAGUCAGACCUUUCUAAACUUGUUCGAUGGUGAAGUGGUGUCAGCUACGCUGUUGGAUGAUGCUACCCAAACGCUGUACGUGACAUCGGUACCCACCGGAUUCCCCAAAACGUUCUUUUCUCUCUUCAAGAUUUCAUCCACGGGCAAUCGCGACUACAAGGUUAUCAUUCCCUUUCGCGAUGGACGCCAAACCAUGGAUCCAACCUACCUGGCUCUGCAUGACAGCGGCAACACGCUCGUGCUGUUGGCUAAUGGUGGCUUUAGCGACCCGAAUAUUAAUGGCGGCAGUGAUUGCACGGUAUACUUUAUCGACGCCUCGACGGGAUCCAUCACGGGCGACCACGUCACCCUAGCAGGUCCUGAGUUUGUGGAUUCCAAUGGAUACACCAAUACACUACUGAUUGCCGACAAGGCCAUCACUUCCACGGCAGAUGCCAAUAAGAUCUUUGUCAUGGCGGGAAGCCUCAUGGAUAUCAGUUCCGCUGCCUAUGGUUACAGUAUUUUCAAGAUUGAUGUCCCCUCAAGAUCCAUUGAUUGGACGAACCAUCAUUUACCGAGUGGAUCGGAUGGAGCAACGCCUUCGGAUAUGCUGGAGGUCAACGCGAGCUACCUGUUGGUAGCUGGAUUCUUGGGACUCUUUCGUUACGACUUAUCCACCGGCACUCGCACCGAUGUUUUGGCCAAUACACGCAUCAACAAUCUACUUCAUAUCGCUGCAUCCAAUUUGGUACUUGCCGGUGCCGCUGGAACGGAUUCUUCCACUGCCUUGGAUGCCACCACCUUGGCGACCCAAUGGACGACACCCAAUGGACGAGGCAUUGUCUAUCACAUGCCCGGUCCCGACGCCAACACCGUUUGGUUCACGCGAAAUCUCAUCCCGGAGGAUUCCGAGAAUUGGGAUUUCGAAGUGGGAGUCAUCGGAUUGUCGGAUGGACGCCCAUUAUGGAGUCAAUCCUACGACGGAGGCUCUGGUCUGUUUGACGUUGUGGUCGGAUUCCACUCCUCGCUGGGAACCACGGCAUAUGUGGGUGCCAGUGGUCGUCAAGCGACGGACAUGUGCCUUUCCAAUCUGUUUGGUUUGCUACCUCGUGCUCUGAUUGGGGAUGCCCAGGUACUGACGGUGGAUCACUCUUCCCAAUCCAUUAAUGCGGAUCAACAAGUAGUGGAUACCAGCAUUGGAGCUCCUCGCGUCUUUCGGAGCAGCGACAUUUUGGGAUGGAUGAUCAGCUUUGAUGGUAGUGCCAUUCGAUACGAAUACAGCUAG